CUUCGAUGUCAUUCUCACUUUGUACAUCAUGUGUGACAUUUUGUUUCAUACCACUUCAAGAUGCUGUAACAGGACCUAGGCUGGGGCUCUUUCCUAUCGACCUGAUGGCCUGACUCGUCUCAUAAUCUAUUGCCAAUUCGAACAUCCUUCUAAGCAUCCAGCGAUGACACUCCCAUUGCCCGGCAGCCCUUCGUGGUCGUGGCCCGUCUUUCGUGAGAGACUCAAACAUGCGUUCAGCGGUGCAGAUCCCCGGGUCUGUGUGGCAUUCUGGCUGUUUGGCCUCAUCAACAAUGUCCUCUAUGUCAUUAUCCUUUCCGCGGCGCAAGACCUGGUGGGACAAGAUGUGCCCAAGGGCCUCGUUCUACUUGCCGAUGUUAUUCCCUCAUUCUUAACCAAACUCUCCGCUCCCUACUUCAUCCAUGCGAUCCCCUAUCCUGUUCGCAUCCUCGCCUUUGUCACUUUGUCCGCGGCUGGAAUGCUUCUCAUAGCACUCACCCCGGGCAGCACAGAUGCCAAAAAUAUCUCCAUCAAGAUGGCGGGGGUUGUGUUGGCGUCCCUCAGCAGUGGAGGAGGAGAGUUGACAUUUGUUGGCAUGGUCCACUACUACGGACCUUUUUCGCUAGCAGCCUGGGGCAGUGGCACUGGUGGCGCUGGUCUGAUCGGUGCUGGUGCGUAUGCUUUGGCGAGAAUUACUCUCGGGCUCAGUGUCAGGACCACAUUGUUAGUUUCAGCAUGUCUUCCUGCGGUUAUGCUGGCGAGCUUCUAUCUGGUCCUCCCCUUGGGACCCCUGAAAAGUCACUCGCAUGAGAGUCAUUCUCAGAGGGCACAUCGGGGCGAUAGAGAAGAAGCAGACAUGCAAGAGUCCAACGAUGAGGAAGAUCACGAUGAUCUCGAAGAUUCUCAACAAGCCGGCCUCCUAUCGAACCCUCGUCUCAGCCAGGGCAAUUCCAAACCUACUUUUUUAUCUCAAUCUCCGACCGACGGUGCGUCAAGUGCAUGGUUGCAAUUCCAGCACAAUCUCUACCGUGCUCGAGGGCUUUUUUUCCCUUUCAUGCUUCCGCUCCUACUGGUCUACAUUGCCGAAUAUACAAUCAACCAAGGGGUGGCUCCAACGCUACUGUUUCCGCUCGCAGAAAGCCCAUUCUCCAAGUAUCGCUCAUUCUAUCCUGCUUACGGCGCCAUCUAUCAAGCGGGAGUCUUUGUUUCGCGUUCAUCUACCCCUUUCCUCCGAGUUCACAAUCUCUAUUUCCCCUCGUUACUCCAGGUCCUCAAUCUGGUGAUCCUUACGGUCCAUGCCCUUUUCGAUCUGAUACCCUCGGUGUAUAUUGUUUUCAUUAUCAUCUUUUGGGAAGGACUGCUAGGAGGGCUGGUGUAUGUGAACACGUUUGCGGAAAUCAGUGAUACUGUGAACAAAAGGGACCGCGAAUUCUCGUUGUCGGCGACGACAGUCAGCGAUUCUGCAGGGAUCUGCAUCGCGGGAUUUAUCAGUAUGGCGGUGGAAGUUUGGUUGUGCAAUUGGCAGGUGCACCAUGGGAGGGAGUUCUGUCGGUUAGUGGAGGUUUGAGGCCAGCAGGCUAGGACCUUCUUAUGGGCCUUCUCUACUAUUUGACCCGUCAUUCCAAGGCAAAUGAAUUACUUAGAGACUUCCGUUCGCAAGAUUAAAACUCCCUCUCUCGAUACCUACUUUACCUAGUCAAGCGCCACA